AUGAGCGCAAAACCACAAGUUCCCGAUGCAUGGGAUGACGACUGGGAACCCCGAGCAGAUGCGCUAGCCAACGAGCCUACCCCGCCGACCGAGAAGAAAGUCUCGUCCAAAGUCACCAAAGCCCAGCGAAGGGCACAGCAAGCUGAAUUCAAUCGACAACUAUGGGCGGAAGCUGAAACCCCGCAAACAUUCCACUUUGUCGAAGCUCGAUCCGACGUCCCCCUCAAACAGGAUAUAAAGCCCGCUGUUACGCUUCUCAGCCGGAGACCACAAAUUGCGACCCGACAAUCAGGAAGUUCUGGUGUUAAUUCUGCAACCGCUGGACUUAGCCAACUGGGCCUGGACGAUGAUGGUGAUUCAGACGAAGAGGCUAAUAAAGCCCCCGAACCGACCUUUGAGGAACGACAGGCAAUCGCACUGAAAAACCGAGAGGAUAGGCAGCGCAAGUACGAAGAAGCCCGAGAGCGGCUUUUUGGAAGCCCGUCCGCGAACACUUCGGGAAAUUCGUCGCCGGGGACUACAACCCCACCCCGUCAGCAGUUCGGUGAAGGAAGGGGUAAAGGCAAGGGCCGAGGAGGCAGAGACCAGCAGAAAAGAGAUUCGUCUACGGCCUCAAGCAAGUCGAAACAUCUAUACGAUCCAACCACAUCGGUCAGGUCCAAUGGGCCGCCUCUACAAAGGCGAGAUCGUCCCGGCGAUCGGAGCGAUUCUGAAAGGCAGAGCUCCCCUGCCUCCCCUGCUUCACCCGCUCCGCAGCAGCCUACUCGUCAUCCUCGAGGCCCUGAUGCAAGUGGAAGAGGUGGCUUUAGAUUCAACAGAGGUUCGAGAGGGAGCUAA